AUGUCAAUUAUCGAGAAUGGAAAUAAGAAUUGUCAAACUCAUCAAUUAGAAAUACUUGCGGUUGAUUUAAAAGCAGCAAGAGAACAGAAAUAGAAAUAUUUGUGUGUUAAGUGUUUAAUUGAACGGAUUUAAGGAAAUAAUAUUGUGUUGUUGAGUGAAGCUAUUGAGAUGAUUAAAGAGUUGAAAAACAAAUACAAAGAUGAAGAAGUGAAAAAAAAACAAGAAACCUUAAAUAGUGUUUAGAAUCUUCAAUGUUCUGUCUCAAAGGUCAAUGAUCAUUUUACUCAAGUAUUCGAUAAAUUGCAAAAUAAAAUUAAUGAAAGUAUCAGCUCAAACGAACAAGAAAUAGAAUAAAAGAAAACAAGUUUUGAUGAAUUGAGUUUAGAUAAGGACAUUGAAACAUUAUCAUAGAUUUAUAAUGGAAAUUCUAAUUGUGAACCUAUCAAAUAAGAAUUCAAUUUAGAAGGCUUUACUUAGAUGUUAGAUAAAAUACAAAGUGAUCUUAGUAUGAUGUCAAAUACAUAAUAAUUUUCUCAGAUAUUUGAAUCAAUUUAUUAAAUCAAGUCUCAAUUCUAAAUUGGACAACUCAUUCCAAAGAGAAGAUUUGAGAAGCAUGAAACACCAACAUUGAAAUACUUAUGUAGUCAACAUGGCAAAAAGAUUAUGAUGAUUAACUUAAGCUAAAAUGAAUCAGAAUAAUGUGGCUUGGCUUGCGAGAAAUGCAUUUAAUAAUUUCCAAAAAGAGAAUACAUCACAGUUGAAGAUGCAAAUACAAAAUGGAAGGAAUUAAAAGGAUAAUAAAAAUUGAUGAUUUCUAAAUACAAUAAUGGUAGAUACUCUAAAUUUAAUUCUGCCAUUAAAUCUAUUCAAUAAUUAAAGGACAUCUAUAAUUAGACAUUAUCAGAUAUAAUCUAAUAAUUGGAACGAUAAAGAAAUAUGAAUUAAAGUACUAAAAAAGAUAAUUCAAAUGUUGUUGAAGACAUAUAUGAGUUGGAUGAAUAAGAAGUUCUUAAAAUAGUAGAGUUUUUGAGUUAGAAAGAUAAGAAUCAAAAAGUAAAAUUGGAGCAAUAAGAAUAAGAUUAAGUGGAUUUAAUAUUUUAUUAAAAUUUAAAGUAAAAUUUGGAGAAUCUCGUCAAAUAUGACUUAUUGACUAAACAUAAUUUAAUUAGAAUUCAUAAUUAAGAUUAAUGUGAUGAAUUUAGUAUUACUGGUAUCAUUUCAGAGAAUGAAUACGAUAGAAAUUCAGAUUCUAAAGCAUUUAUUAAGAAAUUCUCACAAUUAGAACAAUAUUGUUCAAUCUUUGAAGAUUCUUGUAAUUUUUAUAAAAAUUUACAAAAGGAAAUUGAUGAUUUACAAGAAAAAGGAUAAUUAUCCUACUUAUUUAUAGAAGAUUAAUAAUAAAAAUAAUAUUAGUCGUUUGAGUUAUAUUCUAAGAAAAUGAAGUCAUUAAUCAUGGUUGAAGAACAUUAAAAGUAAAUCUCAACUUUGGAGCAAGAAUUAAAUUAAUAUAAGUAAUCACAAUAGACCGUCUAGGCUUAAUUGGAUGAAUCUAAUCAAAAGAUUGAAACUCUUAACUCUAAGAUAGAUUAAUUAAAUUAAUAAAUAACACAACUUCAAAAGGAUAAGUCUCAAUUGAAUGAGUCUAAUUAAUCGUUAAAUAAACAAAUAGAGGAAUUAAAAUAACAAAUUACCAAAGCUCAAAAGGAAUCCUCUGAAUAAUUAAAUUAAAAGAACUAAGAGAUUAAUUCGUUAUAAUAAUUCUAGCAAUUAUUAAGAGAUUAACCUAAGCUUAUAACUCCACAAUUUUAUGUUGAAGUUAGUAAAUUGAUUGAAGAAAAAUCUAAAAUGAAAAUAUAAUGCUCUUUUCUUACUUAUUUGGGAACUAGAGAUGGAUUGAAUCAUACAAAAUGUUGGAGCAAAAUUAAUGGAAAGAAGAAUUUACUCAUUAUUUAUAAAUCAAAGAGUGGAAACAUCUUUGGUGCUUACUCUCCUUGUCAAUGGAUAGAAAAAUAAAAUGGUUAUGUGCCAGAUGAUACAUUGUCAUCUUUUCUGUUUUCAUAGACUCAUAAUUAAUUUUAUCCUAUAAAAGAAGCCAAUAAAGCCCAUGCGAUAUAUAGACACUAGUCCUAUGGGCCAUCAUUUGGUUAAGGAUAUGAUAUUUAUAUUGGAUCAGAUUUCACGAGUGGCUCUUCUGCUUUAGGAACUGCUUAUUAAAUUGAUUAAUACUAAAUUUAAGAUACAACCACUCAUUUAUUUGGUUAGACAACACCUAACUUAGAAGAGUGUGAAAUUUUGGAACUUAUCUUAAAAUGA